CUGCGACUGACCACCACCUCGAUCUUUCUUUUUCUUUCUGCUUCACCAGCUGCUGGCUCUGGAGACCAGUCUAUUGCAUGUUAAAAGUCUACAGAAUACCCCGAUUCUUCAAGCCUGUCAAUACCCGUAGAAUGUCCCUCUUACGCGUCACAACUCACGACCGUAUUUGUAUUCCUGAGAGGCCAGAAGUCCACCUAACCGAGGUUGAGGAGAGAAUUUGCACACUCCUUCAUGAGUGCACAAAAUGGAUGAGACAAACCAGAGGUGACUCCGAUGCAACAUCUUGCCGGAUUGCUGGAGGAUGGGUUCGGGACAAGCUCCUGGGACUGCCUUGUAAUGAUAUUGAUAUCUCACUCGAAAACAUGAUGGGCAUGGCAUUUGCCCAGCAAUUCAUCGAGUUCUGUUCUAUGAAUGGCAUUGAGACAGACAAGUUGGCCAAGAUUGAGAUCAAUCCCGAUCGUUCAAAGCAUCUCGAGACCGCCAGAACCACCGUAUUAGGCACUGAGCUUGACUUCGUGAACUUACGAAGUGAAGAGUACACCGAAGACAGCCGCAUACCAACACAGGUCGCUUUUGGUACGCCUUUGCAGGACGCUUUGCGCCGCGACAUCACCAUCAAUGCACUUUUUUACAAUGUCCACUCACGAAGUGUGGAAGACUUCACGGGAAAGGGCUUGACAGAUCUAGAACAUGGUAUCAUCCGUACUCCCUUGCCGCCUCGCGAGACCUUUAUGGAUGAUCCUUUGCGAGUAAUUCGUUGUAUACGAUUCGCAAGUCGCUUCGGCUUCAACUUGCACCCUGAACUACAAGAAUCUGCACGUGAUCCCCAAAUUCAGGAAGCUCUCCGAUUCAAGAUAAGCCGAGAACGUGUCGGUGUGGAGCUUGAUAAAAUGUUAAAAGGGCGUGAUCCUUUGCUAGCCAUUCGACUAAUCAACGAGUUAUCGCUCUAUGACUCUCUAUUCUACAUCCCUUCUUCAGUCGCGCCCGAAUUUUCCGCGACGCGGGCACCUUCUGUCACUGCUGUUGUUGCUUCAUCCCUCUUACACAUCAUCAUACAGCCUUUGUCCUCACCAAUAGCUCGACUACCUCCAGUGCACCCAACCCUUCUCAAUACCGUAUCCCGGGACUAUCUACUCCACGCCCGCCUACACCUCGCUUGCUUCCUUCUUCCGUUCUUGAAUAUCACGUAUAAGGACCGCAAGGGCAAGCCGCAUGAAGCGGUAGAGGCUGCUAUCCGCGAAGGUGUGAAGCUUGGCACCCAAAAUCAUUACCUCAACGGUAUUCCUGCUCUUUUUGCUGCCACACAACUAUUGAGGAACCCAACAAUCGAGGAGCAGCCUGGUAAUCUCAAAGAACGAGCAAGGAUCGGGAUGCUGCUUCGAGAGAAGCUUGUGCAUAACGCCCAUACCGGAUCGCAUUGGACAAGCACACUUCUGUUCACACUGAUCACUGAAUUGGUCCCGCUUUACGAUGUUUCCCAAGAUGUCUUUGACAUCGAACAGGCUAAACAAUAUAUCAAUGCAUAUAACGCAUUCGUGUCCCGAAUAGAAGACUUUGGUCUACCAUCCGCUGUAGAUGCGAAACCUUUGCUAGAUGGUCGAAAGGUUCUACAUAUCACUGGCGUUACAAAACCUGGGCCCUGGACUGGUCAGGUUCUCACUCGCGUGUGUGAGUGGCAACUUGAGCACCCCGAAGCCACUGAGGAAGAAUGCGAGAACUGGCUACGAGCGGUGCAUCUCGCAGGCCAUAUCAAUAUGGAUCUCCCUUCGACAUUCAUUCGACCAAUGCCAAUUAAGCGGGGCAAAGGGACGAGUGAAGACGGCACGCGGAAGAAGCCAAAGUCGGAUGUCCCUUGACACCGCACCGUGACUUUGAGUAUAUACGGUCAACGCAAAACAAAUGUAUAUCCUUCCUAUCCUAUGCAAGUACAGUUGCGACCCCAAAUAAUUGAUACAGUCACGUACUAAUAGUACAAUGUGAAUGAAAAGACGAAGGAAGAAAACUAGCGAACCUCUGAGAUACAUAUCAAAGCUAAAUGAGGUCGAAAAGGCCGUGAAGAUGUCCCACUCCGCAAAAAUGUCAUCAUCCAGAGCAGAAACAUCAGAGGGUACGAGAGGCGAGUGGGCAAGGCCGUAUGAAUAAAAGUCUUCAUUAUUUCCGUUGGCAAGGAAGGAAGGUUCGGUGACGAAACAGCUGGUGAAAUCAGGCCCAUAUAAUGGAAGGGUGAGAAGAUUGAGCUCAAGCGGUACCGAGGCGGGGGCAGGGACGGCGAGCCCUAGGGAUGAUGAGGACGGAGGGGAGAGUUCGACGCCUGCCAUAGGGAGUUGUGACCACGAUGGGGAUAGAAUAGCGGCCUCAGUGAGCAUCAUACUUUGGGCCAAUGCGGAAGCUUGGGGUUUGAGGAAAGGGAACAUCGGUUCCGUAACAUGCGGGAGUGACUCCGUAGGCACAAUGGUGGGAGAGCUCUUGGUCAAUGUCUGAAGGGGCGAAGUAGUUAGCAUUGCUCAUUGAGAGGUCUUACGUUGACAAGACGCACCAUUUCCUGCAAUACGUUGCAUAUAUCAAGAUUUGAAACCUCUGGUGAACGUGC